AUGCCCCGAGGUCCCAGGCCUCUCACCUCUUUCCAUGCACACCCAGGUUUACGCAUCCAUGAAUACUUGUAUUUCCAAGUGCUGAGCCCUGGAGACAUCCGCUACAUCUUCACCGCCACUCCGGCCAAGGAUUUUGGUGGUGUGUUUAACACAAGGUACGACCAGAUCCACCUGGUCCCAGCAGAUCCCCCCGAAGCCUGCGGAGAGCUGAAUAAUGGCGUCUUCAUCCAGGACCAGAUUGCCUUGGUGGAGAGGGGGGGUUGCUCGUUCCUGUCGAAGACGCGUGUGAUCCAGGAGCACGGUGGCCGGGCGGUGAUCAUCGCAGAUAAUGCCUACGAUAAUGACAGCUUCUAUAUCGAGAUGAUCCAGGACAGCACCAGGCGGACAGCCGACAUCCCCGCACUCUUCCUGCUGGGCAGGGACGGGUACAUGAUCAGACGGUCCCUGGAGCAGCAUGGGCUCCCCUGGGCUGUCAUCUCCAUUCCCGUCAACGUCACCAGCAUUCCCACAUAUGAAGUGAUGCAGCCCCCCUGGACCUUCUGGUAGCAGCAAGAGGCUGCGGCGGAUCAAGGACUUCUCAGUGGAUCCCAGGAGAUUGCCCCAGGGACUACGUUUGAGGAAAGGGUCCCAAUGUGCUCCAGAGAUCCCACCACCCAGCCUUGCCGGAUUCAGCAACGGGAGAUCUUUCUGCUGCUGCCAGCGUGUGGGUGAAGGGCAAACACCAGCGCCCGCGGUGGGAACCUUGAGCUUGGCA